CGUUACGUAAGUUGCGUAAGUGGACAGUUCUGUUGUUGGCCAUAUCGUAGCUUUCGUUUUCGGGUAUAGUUUCGUUUCUCUGUAAGCGCGAGCCAGUAAGAUCACUCCAUAUAGGCUACUGUAAUAUCUAACACCAUUUACAAUGCUAAGGAGAGCAAUGUUUCGUUGUGGACAGCUGUGUUCGGUGGAGUUUGACUUGCGCGCUGAACCUCUUUAUUUCACACUGAGUUCAAGCCCACAAGUUCUUCAUCAUGCUCAUCAACAGCUCUUUGGAGACUGUGGGAAACUCUUCUCGCUACAUGUCCAAUGUGAGAACAGAAUUGAGAAAGCGCAAACGCACGCCGAAAUAAAAAACAAGCUGUCUUCAACACUCUCGCGAGAUUGCGAUGUAUUUGAAGCGUCUUCUUUUAUUCCGGACGUCGCAAAUAGCGUCGUUAAAGGUUUUUUUAUACGAGACAAAUCCACUACAACACUUUCAGAGGACUUAUUAAACACAUUGCGGCAGAGUGAAAGAGUAUGUGUGUUCUCAUACAAGCGCGAGGGUCAGUACUGCUGGCAGGAGCUGUGGUCACCUGUCAAUCAAGUGGAGGGGUCAGAGAGACAGUACAUCACACCUGCAGCAGCAGCAGAGCAUCAUCCAUCCACACUGAACAUCAGGAACUCCGAUGUCUUCUACAGUAUGGAUGAAGCCUAUAAGGUUCUUCAGGAGUGCACUGACAUUAUCCCUGAGUCAAAGGAAGUGCUGAAGCUCAUAGACGAACAGUUGGAGACAAGCAGGGGUGAUGGAUUUCCUGUCAUUGUGAUCGAGGGACUGGACGCUACAGGUAAAACUACUCUCACAGAAGCCCUGCGGGAGUCUCUGAAUGCCACUCUGCUGAAAUCUCCUCCCCAGUGCCUGGCUCCUUUCAGACAGCGCUUUGACUCAGAACCACCCCUCAUCCGCAGGGCCUUUUACGCUCUGGGGAACUACAUCACUGCAGCCCACAUUGGAAAAGAAUCCUUAAGGGCUCCUGUCAUAGUGGACAGGUAUUGGCACAGCACAGCAGCAUAUGCCAUUGCCACAGCGGUCGGUGGGAGGGUUGAAAACCUCCCUAGGCCGGGCUCAGAGCUCUACCAGUGGCCAGAAGACCUGCUCCAACCAAACCUGGUGCUGCUUCUUACUGUCAAUCCAGAAGAAAGACUGAGAAGACUCAGGGACAGGGGACAGGACAAGACCAUUGAGGAGGCUGAGCUAGAGAUCAAUCAGUUCUUCCGACUUAAAGUGGAGGAAGCUUACAAGAGAAUCCAGAAUCCCGCCUGCAUCAUCGUGGAUGCAAGCCCCUCUCCACAAGAAGUGCUGCAACAAGUGCAGCAUUUAAUUAGGAACAAAUGUCACUUGUAAACAACCGGCUCCCAACCCAAAGAUGCAUACAUGUAUAACUCAGUUUUCAGUUCCAGAGUCCUUAAAGUUUGUUUAUUGCACUGCAAUAAAAUUAAAUCUUAAUAUAAUACACAUCUUUGCUUUAUUUUAAAGAAUAUGUUCACCUAAAAAUUCUUCAAAUUCUUUCAUUUCACAAUGUGUUUACAAACAUCUGAAAUUUCGGAGCAAUCACCAAAAAACAAACAAAAAAAAGCACCAAAAAAGUAGUCCAUGCUAUAUUCCAAGCCAAACAAUAUAUUUGCAUGAACAGACUGAUUUUUAUUUUUUAUUUUUUUUUUUUAUCACCAUUUUAUUUUCUUUUUUAUUUUAUUUAUUUAUUUAUUUUUUUUUGAUAUUUAAUUUCAGUCUCGAUCAAACAAUGAAUUUAUAAACAGUUCAUGAGGUCCAAAUUGCAGUUUCAGAGAAGCUUCAAAGAGCUGCACGAUCACCUGUCAUUGAUUUUUGCAAUUAUAUCUUUAUUUUUGCACUACUUUAUUUUUAUUUUGCCAUUCGUUGUUUGCAAAGCUUCUUUCUCUUAAUGCUUAAUUUUUCUUCUUUGAAAUGUAUUUUCUUUUGUAGUAAUUUAUUAUUUUGCAAAAACAUGUGGCAUUGAUUUGACUCCAUAGUAUACUUGCAGUAUAAAACUGCUAAACUAGUAGUUUACUCAGAGUAUACUUCAAAGUGCACUUUCAUAAACUAAAAAAUGUGCUACAAGUAUUUAACUAGUAUUGAAUUGUGCAAUCAUAUAUUUGCUACACACUAAACCACACUAUUUUGUGGUUCUCCACAGCAUCUGUCAGAUGAGUCAAUACUGCAAUAAAUGUGGUUUGUAACUGUUAGAUUUUGACAAUGUUCCUGCGGUGGAAUAAAGUCUCUCAUGGUUUGUCAAA